CUCUCUCUCUCUCUCUCUCUCUCUCUCUCUCUCUCUCUCUCUCUCUCUCUCUCUCUCUCUCUCUCCCACUCUCUCUCCCGGUCCACACACCCACGGAGUGAUGUCAUGUGAAAGGGAGUUCAGUUUGGGGGCUGUGGAUCCUGGAUCUGACCGACACUUCCACAGAAUGUCUUCUCUUUCGAAUCCACACUGACUUUUUCAAGAAGUCACAAUGUAGCUUCAAACGGACUCGUUGCCCUUCCGCGACCAGGAGUAGUUUUGAGGCUGUCCUCGCACAAGCCACGGAAAGUUAAACAAGAGUAGAUAGUCAACGCGCCCCCGCCCGGAAGAUAGCAAAAAAAAAAAAAAAAAUGGUCCAAGGGAGAAGUGGCCGUCGCCCCGGCACUCACUCUUCGUAGGGCGGCUGCAUGUCUCCCUCUUGGCCGUGCCAGAUGCCUGCGAAGACAGCGCCCGUGUCUCCUGCUCCGCCCGUCCCGCCGAGGAGGCUCAGGGGUCGGGAUGGGGGCUCGAGCAAGGCGCGGCGCGCCGGAGCGGUGGAGAGGCGGGUGAAGUGCGUCCUGGUCGGGGACGGAGCUGUGGGCAAAACCAGCCUGGUGGUCAGCUACACCACCAACGGCUACCCCACCGAAUAUGUCCCCACUGCGUUUGACAACUUCUCGGCGGUGGUAUCAGUGGACGGGCAGCCAGUCAAACUUCAACUGUGUGACACAGCUGGGCAGGAUGAGUUUGACAGGCUGCGUCCGCUCUGUUACACCAGCGCGGACGUCUUCCUGCUGUGCUUCAGCGUCGUCAGCCCCGUCUCCUUCCAGAACAUCCCCGAGAAGUGGAUCAGCGAGAUCCGGAGGCAUGCUCCCUUCGCGCCGCUGGUUCUCGUUGGGACUCAGUGUGACCUCCGGGAAGACGUCAAGAUUUUGAUAGAUCUAGCGAAGUACAGAGAGAGACCCGUGGACCCAGCGGAUGCAAUGGAUUGUGCGGCUGAGAUUGGCGCCGUGGCCUACGUGGAGUGCUCGUCGCUAACCCAGAAGAACCUGAAAGAAGUGUUUGACACGGCCAUACUGGCCAGCCUGCAGAGCCACAGCUCCCAGAAGCAUUCCAGAGGGAAGCAGAAACGUCGGACAAAGCAAAUGCAGACGCCUGACAAGAUGAAGAGUUUGUCCAAGUCGUGGUGGAAAAGGUACUGCUGUGUGGCGUGAAGCACUCCAGACUGCUGUCCCGGAACACUUGGACUCCAACCCGGACUCUCUGCUCUCAUUUAACCGAGUCUGAGUCAAACCUUUUCCUGGAUGGAAACCAAAUUUACAUUUGUCUUAUCACGUGAAACCGGACGAGCACCGAAAAAUACCAAGAGGACAUUUGCAUGACUGAAUUGACUCAAUCAAACUUCAGCAAGAGCUAUUGUUGGGAAGUACUGGGAUUGACUUCUCGAAGCAGUAGACAGAUGACAGAUGAGGCGGAUUUGAACUAGAAGAGUAAUGUUGAAAGAUUCUCUUCCUGCACUUGAUAGUGGGGAGUCUCUUUUGAACCCUCUUCCACCACUUGAGUAUGUUUACAUAGUGUUGGAGCUCAAUCCAGUUAUCUGGUUGGUCCGUCUGAAACUGGACAUUUCUAACAGGGAUCGUACCAAAUAGAAGUUUUUGAAAGUAAAUGGGUUUGGACCAAAGUCAGGCGCACAGUUCCUGUUUUUGUCUCUGAAAUGGACUACAAGAAACCAAAAACCAAUGUUAAAUGCUAAAAGUGGUUGUUGCGCCACAUAUGGUAGUUGAAUGGAAUGUUGAAGAAAAUCAAGAAAAUGCUCAUCCAAGAGAUAAUAAUCAGUCUUAUCGUGUUACGGGAAGUUAACGGCGUAGCUGCAUCUGCACUGAGGAUAUCGAGUGUGUGUCUCGUGAAGAGAACCGUAAAUCUUCUCAUUUUUGGCGUUGCGCUUGACCGUGACGCGCAUCCAUUUCCCGAUUUAGGUGUUUUGCGUCUCAUGAGGUCAUCGCUUAUUUUCAGUUGCCAGGUGCAGACUUGCUGAGGCUUUCUUUAUCUGUACUGUAUGAACAAAAAGUAUGCGGACGUUCCGCAGACAGAAAGCGGACACAGGAGAACAUAUGGAGUUAGUCUCUUCGCGACUAUACAACUUCGACCUUUCCGGAAGACUUUUUGAAAGAUGUAGGAGUGGAUUUUUGUUUUUGUCCGUUCAUCCAGCUGCGAUAUCAUCGAUGUUGGACCGGAGAGAGGGACUGAUGGCUCACAAUCUCUGCUGUAGUUCAUCCAAGUAGUGUUUGAUGGAGUGAGGUUGCGCAGUUGAGAACUUGCUUGUACAGGGAGUCCUUGGGUUAAGACAGUCUCGACCUAAGACGUUUCGACUUUAAAACGCCCGUCACCUGUCCGCCAUUUUGUCUGGCUAAUGCUUGUCUGUGUUUGCGCGCUGGGAGUAUCGUCAGGUUUUUCGCCCUCCUUUUUAGACAUUAUGGCCCCAAAGAAGAAAGGCGUGUCUUUUAGCAACGCUUCCGCAGCCAAAAGAAAAUGAAUUGCCAUGGAAACGAAGCUCAAGAUCAUAAAAAGAUUGGAGAAAGGAGAGACAGCAACACCAGCAAGGCGUCAGUCGGUCGACCGUGGCGACAAUUAUUAAAAACAAAGCCUGUAUUUUAGCACAUGUGAUGAAUGGUUCCGUUCCUAUGUCGGAUACAAUGAUCACAAAACGAGGUUCUUUGAUACUUAUCGAGAUGGAGAGGAUCGAGGACCAGGUUCCUUCGCAAGAGCUAAGCACAGCCUCCCAUUCUUCUUGUCCAUCCACCUCUCAGCAUUAAUGCCAAGUACAUCAUUGUGUUUAUUUCAAUGUAUUUGUUUUUUUUUUAUACAAAGUGUUUUGAUGUAAAUUCUGACUUUAAUGGUGGAAUCCGACUUAAGUCGAAAUUCGAGCUAAGUCGCUACUGUAGGAACAGAUCUCAGUCGUAGACCGAGGACUCCCUGUAGAGCAUGCCAUCAUCCAUGUCUACAACAGAGAUGACGACUACUUCGUAGCUUCUUAUGCAACCAAGACGCACUGAAAUAUAAAAGUGUGCAUCAUCCACACCUUCCUCUGCGCGUUGUCGUUACCGAAGUCCGAUCACGAGCCAGUAAUUGUAUCUUUUCUCCAAGGUCCAUUUGUAAGAACAGGUCUUUGUGUUUCGUGUGUCAGCAUCAGCAAGGGAUAAGGGUGUGAGCAAGUUUGUAUUAUGGAAAGAUUUUGGAGUGACAACACAAGUUAGAAGGCAAGCGGCCCGACCUAUGAAUAUUGUUUAUGUGUCUUUUAAGAUAAUAUAUAUACGUAUUGUGUCUCCUGACAUUUUUUUUUUUGUAUCGGCAGCACCAACAACAACGAAAAAAAGUGCCUGUUAAGACCUUUUCUUAACAUAGGCCAACCAGUUUGGUCACAAGAUGUAAAUCAAUAUUUACACAAGCAAGUUUCAAUUUGAGUAUCAAGCCGUGAUUCUAUCGUCGCGAUUGUUUGGUCAUUCAGAUGUUCCAGCUGCGAAUGAAUGGAUCCUCUGUGUCCGUCUUGAUAGCGGCGCAUUGUUUGGCGGCGGGGAAAGGGCACACAAAGAGGCCUGUCUCGCGGUCUGUGUGCAGAUUCGCAGGGUGACGGCUCACGGAAGUAGGCCAAAGGUCACAGAGACCCUCAUCUUGGUUGACGGUUUCGCCUGUCAGCUUUUUACAAUUUUUUUUUUUUCUGUUUGUGUUGAUGAUUUAAAGAGAGACCUGUAAUGUUGUGGUCAUUUUAACUGAUGAUUUUUUUAGCAUUUAAACAACCAAACAAACAGCUCACAUGGUUCGCACAACUCUCAUAAAGGCUCUGAUUGACCUUUGUGGAUACAAUUAUGAUAUUUCAAUGUCGAUUACUUUUUAAUUUGUCUCUCCAAAUAGGAUUACACUAACAGACAAGUGUCCUUUGAAGUACUUUGUUGCUAUUGGUGUAUAAAAAUCUGUGUUUUCCGCUCUAAUUUCUCUUCUAACAAAAUGAAUUAUGUCUCAUAGACGUGAACAUGUUUUAGCAAAUUUUUUUUUUCGCAAUGAGAUCAGUAAAUCUCAUUAAUACCGAAACAGGCCUCCUCAAUCGGUGCUUUAUUAAGACCGAGAUCCCCCAAAGUCCAAGUGACCUCCUUGAACUCCAUGUACAGAUUGUGUGUGGUUUUUUUUUUUAUCAUGUGAGCAGUCAGCAACAAAUAGAACUUGUUGCUGCGGUUGUUUGAUCCCAUUUUUUUUUGGACUUAAAUCAAAGAGGACAUUUGUACAAAAGCUUUAUAUUUUGAGAAAUAAAGGACAUUUGCUGUAA